AUGGAAGAAGACUCUAAACAGCACGUGCGACAUUGUGUCAAAUGCCACGAGCAUACAAAUUUACACCAUGCUCCUCUAGAGGAGUUAUCUUCACUCAUAUCCCCAUGGCCGUUCUACCAAUGGGGUAUGGAUAUUUUAGGACCAUUUCUGAUUGCGAUAGGGGGAGUAAAAUGGUUAAUAGUCGCGAUUGACUAUUUCACCAAAUGGAUUGAGGUUGAGGCUUUAGCCACAAUAUUAGCUAGCAAGAUCCGACGAUUCUUUUAUGGCAAGAUCAUAUGCAGAUUUGGUGUCCCUAAUACCAUUGUAACCAACAAUGGAACACAAUUUGUGGACAAGAAGUUCAAUCAAGUGCUUCAAGAUCUACACAUCAAACACAGAUAUACAUCUGUUGAACAUCCACAAACCAAUGGUUUAGUUGAAGCCGCGAAUAGAGUCCUAAAACUAGGAUUGGAGAGAAGAUUGGAAGCAACAAAAGGAGACUGCCCGGAGCAGUUGGACUAUGUAUUAUGGGGCAACAUAAACACUCCACAUUCAACCACUGGCGGGACUCCAUUUCACAUGGUUUAUGGGAGUGAAAUAAUGAUUCUAGUCGAAAUUGGAGAGCCGUCUUGGAGAAAGAUGUAUGCAACAGAGGAAAGCAAUUCUCAGGCAUUACUGCAUAACUUAGAUACAAUCAAUGAAAUACGCGAGAUUUUCCAUAUCACGGAAGUGGCAUUAAAACAGAGAAUAACAUCGCGUUAUAAUUCAAAGGUCAUUAAAUGCAGUUUCAACGUGGGAGAAUUAAUCCAACGCAGAACAGACUUUGGCAAUAAAAAUGCGCGACAAGGUAAAUUGGCUGCGAAUUGGGAAGGACCAUAUCGCGUCCAAAGCAAGACUGAAAAAGGCGCAUACAUCAUUGAGACGUUAUCUGGACUCACAAUUCCACAUACAUGGAAUGCAGAUAAACUCAAAAUAUUUUAUUGUUAA